CUCUAUCACACUCUCACUGAAUCGCUUCAGGCGCUUUACACCACUUAAGCUACUACAGCAACACACAGAGCGGCAGAGCCUGCACUCCAACUUUAAGACACCAUGACAAGCGGCAAAGUGUGUCUCCUGGCAGCCCUGUGCUCCCUCAUCAUCCUCAGCACUUUUAUCGACAGCACACAGUCUGCGAGCUGCUGCAUGAGGUACGUCAGUCGUCGGAUAAAAUGCCAUCAUCUGCUUGGCUACACCAUCCAGAACAUCUACAACUCCUGCGACAUCAACGCUGUUAUAUUCCACCUCCCAGGGAAGUUUUUGUGCGCCGAUCCUUCAAGCAGCUGGACUCAGAGAGGGAUGAAGUGCAUUGAUGAAAGGAGAAAGAAGAACAGCGAGAUCCUCGCAAACAGAACUCCAGGCAACACCACAUCAUCAGCAUAAGCUCUAAACAGCAGUUCAUAUCUGCAACAUAUGACUCUAAUUGUUAUGCAUUCCUGCACAAGAACCCUGAUAGGGACUAUCAUGUGAUUUUUCUUAAAUUAUAUCUUAUUAUUUGUUCUGUUUUAUAAACAGAGAAGCGUAGUAUUUUUGAUACAUAGUCACCCGUAUGCUGUAGCUACAGAGCACCCACUGGAAAUAAUGAAAACAUGGUUUUUAAGAAGUACAUUUAUAUUUUUUGUAAAGUUUGUGCUGACAUUUUGAAGGCAGAGACAUGGAGUAUGAAACAAUGUGUUGUCAAAAGAAGUGGAAUCUUAAUUUAUCUUGUUAAAGAAUUUAUUAAAAGAGAUAUUUAAUCACA